GUCGGAUUUAAUAGCCAUUGCGUCGAUAUCUCUUUGUUCGUCAUUAAAAUGGGUUAUUGCAAAACGUAAAUCAUUCAUGCAAGGAAAUAUAAAUGUAAAUUCACGAUAUAAUUCACAUGAAGCACAUGUAACCACAGGAUCUACGCUUUUUAGCCAGAAUAUACGUACGGAUAAGAGAAAGGAAGCACCACAUGAAGCUACAGGAUCUUUAUUUGUUAGUAGGAAUAUACGUGCGAAUAAGAAAAAGAAAGCGACGCAUGAAACAAAUGAAAUCACAGAAUCUUCACAUACAAUUAAGAUUGAAGAAACACCUCGUGAAAUCAAUCAAAUCACAGGGUCUUCAGUUUUUAGUAUGAAUAAACAUGCGAUUAAGAUAGAAGAAACGCCUCGUGAAAUCAAUGAAUUCACGGGGUCUUCGCCUUUUAGUAUGAAUGCACAUUCGAUUAAGAGAGAAGAAACGACGCAUGAAAUCACAGGAUCCUCGCUUUUUAAUAGGAAUAUACAUGCGAUUAAGAGAGAAGAAACGACGCAUGAACGAAAUGAAAUCACAAGACCUUCGCUUUUUAGUAGGAAUACGCAUACGAUUAAGAAAGAAUCGCCACAUGAAAUAAAUGAAAUCAUGGGAUCUUCACUUUUUAGUAAGAAUAUACAUGCGAUUAAAAGAGAAGAAACGCCACAUAAAACAAAUGAAAUCACAGGACCUUCAUUUGUUAGUGGGAAU